CGCACACGGGAGUUCUCUCUCUCCCUUCAGUCGAUCUGGUCGAGUCAGCAGGGAGUCCUCCUCCUUCCCCCUCUCCUCCUUUACGCCUCCUCCAUUCCUCACUCUCGGCUCCUCCUCACACUCGCUCACUCACAUCCUCCUCCUCCUCCUCCUCCUCACCUCACUCAGUCUUCACCUGGGAACUCGACCGAACAUAGGGCGGCGGUGCUUAGCAAACGAACGACAGAAUGACUUUUGUGCGAGUUGUGAGGUGCCGUUGAAAAGACGCAAAACCCGUUCCGGAGGAUUUCAGUCGUGAAAAAGCGUUCGUCCUAAUAUCCGGUUCCAGAUAUUACGCGCCAUACGAACGAAAAACAGAAGAGGAUCGAACGUCUAAAAACGUUAUUUCGAACGACUUACGAUGCCAUUGAUAUACUUUGUGAUUUGAUUUAAAAAAUGAAAAUAAAUUAAAUAUAUUGAAUAAAAGAAAAGUAAUUUUGUUGGCCGAUUCUAAUCAGGACAGCGACAUACGAUGCCAGUAAUUACUUUGUGCUUUAAUUUAAAAAAAUGAAAUUUGAAUACAAAAAAUAAAAACAAAGUAACCUUUCGGCUGAUUCUGAUGAGAAAACGAAAACUUUUCCCUAUUUUUACGAUAUAUACUAUCACUUAAUGUCUGUAUGAAAGUCUUUGAUCUCGGGCCUUAUUUUAAAAAGUGUUUGGUGAAAACAUUUGGCCAAGACUCCUUCACAAGAGCCCUUUCUAAGGCUCUGUAGGGGCGUUUUAAUCUCCUUCAGGAGCCCUUGUAGUGGAUACCUGGUGGUGUAUGUACAAAGGAGCUUAGCCUGGAGACGAGUGGAGCAGUGUCAUGUCUUGAAUGAUUUAGACUAGUGUGGUGAUAAAGGCGCGCCUUGUGGUGUGCCGAGCAGGGGCGUCGUCAUCAUGAGCGCCAUCCCUCUCCUGCUGCAGUUUCCUCAGACACCGGGGUCACCGUCGCCUCUCCACCGACCCAUUUCGAGAACUCCAAACGCCCUCCGCCAAGGAGGCAUCCGCUCUCUGAAGGGAAACAACAACCGCAAUUCUUUUCCACCUGACCAGAACCAAGAAUCUCGCUGGGCAUCCCUUCUCUCCAGGGCUACCUCGGCUAAGCCGUACGGGGCUUGCAGUCCUGUUCUCAGCAGUAUCAGUUCCAGUACCACUGGCAAUCAGACGACGUUGCCUUCACAGCCGCAGCCUGUUUCGGCUCAACCAGUGCCACCUUCAACGUACCAGACUGUGAGUACUACUUACCAGUCACCCAUCAGCAGUGCCCCCAAACCGCCCACGACUACUUACCAACCGCCCACCGAGGUCCACCAAAUAAGGUCAGCCGCCCAACAACCUCCAAGCUACAGUCCACUUGUGCCCACGGCUUCUUUUAACAAGGGGGUAACUUCUCCAACAGCUAUCAAGCUAUUCAAUCCUAGCAAACGUUUGAACAAGUCCCAAUCACACCUUAUCAUGCCUCGAAUGAAGUCCUUCCUCCGUGCCGGCCAGGGCUCGCGGUCUGGCAAAGACGGCACCAAGAAAGAGAAUGGCAACAACCCUCAGGAACACCUAACGCGAGAGGUUUCUGUCAAAAGCCUCACUAGCUACGGGAAUGCCAACUCCCCAGAGCCACUCAUCAGAAAAUGCCACACCGUCUUAGCCUUGUCGUCCACUGCUGGGAAUACUGCUCACACCCGUCUCGUGAAAGACAAGAAGAGCAAAUUAGGCUUCCUAAGACGGAUGUCCUCGUCCAGAUCAGCUGUGUUUACCUCCAAUAAAAUUACUCUUCCAAAGUCUCCGUCUGUGGCCUCUGACAUGAAACGACUAAGAAAGAACUCUAGUAGUGUACUCUUUACUCAGGCGGAGUUGGAAGGCGAGGGAAGUGGAUGUUCCAGGUGCGCAUCCGCAGCAUCCAUAACCUCCAGACGCCUUUCUGGUUUAGCUCAGGAUACUGUAUUUUGUAAGCUGUGUCUCUCGGAUGUUUCCAUAAAAGAAAUGUAUCAGCUACAGCAGUGCCAGUGCCGAUUCUGCAAAUAUUGUAUGGCCGUUUAUGCUACGCUCAAAAUCCGGGAGGGUGAUUACGUCAUUGAAUGUCCAGAUGCCAACUGUGACUGCAGUGGGGAGCUCACACUCGAAGAGAUAGAGUGUCUCGUCGGAAAUGAACUGUUGCAACUACACAUGAAAUUUAGGAAGAAUACAGAGGUGGACAUGGACCCUGUAAGAGCGUGGUGCCCAAUGCCCGAAUGUGAAACUGUCGUUAACCUGCCUAUGUCCAAACUAGAGGGCCCUCAGUGUACUACCUGUCCCACGUGCACUACUGUCUUCUGCGCUGCCUGUAGUGAGCCUUGGCAUCCUAGCCAACCCUGUCAUACUGACACUGCUGAUUCCCUGGGUGUUCCAAAUGAUGAGAUGAUCAAGAGAUGUCCUUCAUGCAAGGUUCCCAUUGAAAGGGAUGCAGGAUGUGCACAGAUGCUGUGCAAAAAGUGCAAGCACGUCUUCUGUUGGUAUUGCCUUACUUCGUUAGAUGAUGAUUUUCUUCUGCGGCAUUAUGACAAAGGCCCUUGCAAGAACAAGUUGGGGCACAGCCGCGCGUCAGUCUUGUGGCACAGGGCUCAGGUCAUAGGGAUCUUUGCUGGGUUCGGCCUCCUGUUAGUUGUGGCAUCGCCCCUCUUGUUAUUUGUAGGGCCCUGCCUGCUGUGUUGCAAGUGCAGACCUUGUUCCAAACACGACGUAGAAGACGAGAGCCUUUACGGUAUAUGAGACCACGCUGGAAGAGAUGGGUCCUGUUGACAAAGGCAUUGACGGCUACUUUUUGUAGGUCCUUGCUCAUGUGCCGAGCAGGAGAAAUGAUGCCCCAGACGUGCCCUCCUCCUCCUCCUGGAAGCACACAACCUGUCCCAAGAAAGCAGAAGACGUAAUGGGAGUCUACGACCCUUUUGAAUCAGUGCUUGGGGGAAAAGGCCUAUUUUUUUAAUGAUCAUUGUAAUACUUCAGUGAAAUGCAGUUUGUUAUCGCUAUUGGAAGAGCAAAGUUUUCUGAAAAUAGGGGUAACUGAAGUGAAGAGGUAUGGGAACAGCUGGGUGUCCGUGGGUUGACCAGAAAGAGAAAGAAGGAAACAUAAGUUGCAGUGGAUUUUAAGUGGGAUAUGUCAGUAAAGAAUUGUGAUAAGUGCUAUGAUUACUGCCAGAAAGUAGAAAUACGAAUUUUUAGUUAGACUUGCAGGGCACAGGAGGGCUUAUUACGUUGCCAGCGGAAAGCGAUAUGGUGAAAGUGUUCUAGACGUAACAGGAGUGAAGAAGCAGAAGCUAAGAAAAUACAAUUUGUUCCAUGAACGAAACGGGAGACGCACUCUUCGUUUGUUUAGUUAUGAGUUGUUUGUAAGAGACAGAGGCUUCUUAAGUAAGUGUUCAUCGCUAAAAACAAUUUUAGAUUCGUUGUCAUCAACACAAGCAUGGAUUUCUAUAUAGUGAUAACCCUCCGCAUUUUCUUACGAUGGUAUUUGUACUUAAUGACAAAGAAGACAUACACUGCACAGGGUUAUGUGUACUUAGAAAAAUACAUUAGAGAGUACAGGAACACUUGAAAUAAGUACUUAAGACGCCACUAUGUAUCCAGCAAGGAACGUGAUGUGGUCUUGAAGAUUUCUACGUUUGGGAUCACUAUUCAAAAAUGCGAGAAAAACAUUCACUGUGAAAGGCCUGUGACAUCAUCGACAGACCAUGACGUCAUCGGCAGAACACAGGACCUGCCUCGGCCUCAUAGGAGUCCUGAUAUCACAUCAGGGAUGAUGUCGUGAGGACAUCAUCCUUGUGGAUAAAAAAAUAAAUAAAUAUGAAUAUCGAAAAUUUUUUCACAAAUCUCAGAUCUCUCCUUAUCAGAAAUUUGCACAAAUGCCAUUAAACGUUAAAAAACCCAAAAAGUAUAAUUCACUAGCGCUUAUUAUAAGCUUGUGUGUGCGCGCUUUUUAACUAUCCAAAAAACGAAAAAGUAUUGCACUUUGUAAUUAUAAUGAUUUGGUUUUUCCUUCAUUAUUUAUUGAUAUCUAUUUAUCAAACUGUAUAAUAAUUUUUAUUUUAUUUUGUAACUACUUUCCUCUCUGGUGGAAGAGGGGACAGAAUUCUGAAAAAUGUUUUAAUAGGUAUCAUUCAUACAUUAACGCACAAUGUAAAAAAAUUAAUACUGUGAUGCUUUGUAUAUAUAUAUAUAGAUAAUGUAUGGAAGGAUUAAUUAUAAGUGUGUCACACGCCCCCCCCCCCCCCGCCCCUCCGAAGCGUUAUGAGGGUAUAAUCCUAGAAUUUUAUUUAUGGAAAAUUAUGAGAGGAAAGGUGGCGAAGGAUCGGCCGCGGUCUGGUGAUGUGGGCGCUUUUCUUCGUCGUCUUCUCCUUCAGUGUGUAGGUCACAGCCACACAUACAAGAAGUCCUGAGGAGGCGCCUCAAAGCACUUUGUUGCUGGCAUAAUUGAUUCAUAUUUCAUACCUUUCAAGGAUUUCGUCUUUUCCAAGGCUAAAUUUUAAAAAAAAAAUCAUUGUAAAAAUAUUUUUUAUAACAAAUCCCAGUAAUGAUGAACAGCAUUUUCAGAUUUACAUAUUUUUCGAUCGUGCUGCUCAUCAUUUUAUAAACUCAAAUCUCAUGAGGGAACUUAAUUGACUUGUAAUUUCGCGUAAAACGGGAGUAUCACGCUCACCUUCUCGGCAUAAAUAGCAGUGUACAAAACAUUUUUUUACUAACUUUCAAAUUGGUGGGGCACUGGCUGUGAUACUUUUCCACGCUGGGCAUCAUAAAAGGGAAAGGAAAAAAUAGUGUUGGUGUAACUGGCAAGAAAAGCGAAAGUUGUCUGUGUUUGAGUCGGGUCCUGUUAAUUUCGUUACCUCCUCCUCCCCUCCCCUCCCCCUUCCGUUUUGAUAGGAAGAACGUAGCAGUUUUGUUUUCCAUACUAUUUUUGUAUACUUUUCAAGUCUGGGUACUUCCAAGAAUCUUGUACAUAUAUAAAUAUAUAUAUAAAUCAUCAUUUUAUAUGGUUAGAGAGUCAUAUGUUUUGUAUAUUUCAUCACCAUAAGUCUUUAAUCAUAGACUUUUGUAAUGUUUUUUGCAAGUAUGAAGUUAUCAUUGAGUCCAUUCUGUUCUAACUUAGUUAUUCUGCGUUUGUAUCUCAGUUUGUUCGUCUCUUUCCUGCUUUUAAUAUGAAUUUAAUGUUAUCAAAUCCAAAGCAUCAUAUAUCUUUAAUUCCAGUGAUACUCUAUUAGGGUCCUCAUGUCAAAAAUCUAUCUCCUAAUUUUUCCCUUUCUUUGGGAGGGAUAGAGUGAUCGGUUACUCUCUCCAUGGCAUUUUUUAUCGGCAUUCCUCCAGCUAUAAGGAAUCUUUAGUACUACUUCCCCCACCUCCCUUCUCCGUUUGGUCCAAAUUAAAUUCCUUCUACUCAGUUGGCGUAUGAAAUACCUAAAACUUUGCUUUCUCCCUAAAAAAUCUGUUGUUUUACUUUUAAGGAAAAUCAGAGCCUUAUUUUCCCCCCCACAAAGGGAUUAAUGUUUCGUUUGUCUAGGGAAAACGUGGAAUCAUAGUUUCCCCAGAUAAGACUUUCAAAAAUAUUAUCUACAGAUCCACGCAUGUGUGCUUUCACAUACUACCACACUACCAUUUCCUCUCUUCAAUGAAAUGAAGAAAGCCUUUCUUUUUCAUCAGAGUUUACAAAAACAUAACUUGGAUAACGUUAGUGCGAUAUCUAGUUCGCAAUGGAAGUUGUCACUUUUCGAUAUUUCCAUACAAUGAAUUAUAAUUUUAUUCUUUUGAUAUUUUCUAAUUUCGUCCUUCGUAAUCGAGAGAACUGAAAUAAUUUAGUAUUUUAAUGUGUCAUUUACGAAUUCAUGAUUUUUGUUUUGAUUUUUGAGACACCAGUAACAUUCUCGUGAGCUUAA